AUGGUGGACUUGUCAACAGCUUUGAUUCAUGGCGAUGAUAAAGAUAACAGGGUUACUGACGUGGCGCCCCCAAUUAAUGUCUCUACAACCUUCCGUUACGACGAUGACGACCUAAUUCCAUGGACAGAGCGUGAAAACUUGGACUUUAUGGAGAAGAAGCCCGUAUAUUCACGGCUAGCGCAUCCAAAUAGCACCAGAUUAGAGAGUAUCUUCUCAGAGAUCCUCGAUGGUUAUGCUGUCAUUUAUUCUUCAGGGUUAGCUGCGUUCUAUGCGGCAAUGGUACAUUACAACCCUAAGAAGAUCUUUAUCGGACAGAGCUACCAUGGUGUUCGAGCAAUUGCUAACAUAUUGACCCGUAAUUACGGCAUUGAGCAACACCCCUUGGAAGAUAUUGAAAAAUGUGCUUCUGAAGGUGACAUUGUCCAUCUGGAAUCUCCUGUAAACCCAUAUGGUACCUCUUCUGAUAUCGAGAGUUUGGCCCGCAGAGCUCAUGCAAAAGGCGCCCUGCUUAUAGUGGAUUCCACAUUCGCAUCUCCUCCAUUGCAAUACGCAUGGAAUUUCGGAGCCGAUAUUGUCCUAUACUCUGCUACUAAGUACUUUGGUGGUCAUUCUGACUUGUUAAGUGGCGUCCUUGUAGUCAAAGAGGAAGCAACUUCCCGACAACUAAAAGACGACAGAAUCUACUUGGGUACAAACGUGGCAAAUUUGGAAAGUUUCAUGUUGUUGCGAUCCCUGAGAACCUACGAAAUGAGAAUAACCAAACAAUCAGAAAAUGCUACGAAAUUAGUUAGAUUUUUGUCAGAUCACCAAUCUGAAUUUGACAAAGUAUUGAAGACGAUUUACCACUCUUCUUUACAAACAGAAGAGUUCGUUAAAAAGCAACUGGUAGGAGGAUAUGGUCCCGUUUUUGCUAUCACUUUGUACACCAAAGAGCAGUGUAAACAAUUACCCCUCAAGCUGAAAUAUUUCCAUCAUGCGACCUCACUGGGUGGAAUUGAAUCCCUUGUGGAAUGGAGAGCAAUGACUGACCCAUAUAUCGACCAAACUUUAAUAAGAGUAUCUGUGGGCUGUGAAUCCGCUAAUGAUUUGAUUAAGGAUUUGGCUUCGGCCUUGAAAGAAUUGCAGGAUGCAGCCUGA